AGGGGAUCACAGUAUGGUGGCAGGCUGCUCACAGCUUACACUUAUCCAUCUAAUAUGUAUUAUCUCUUAAAGACAAAUCCCUAAGAGUGGCUGCUGCUGUUAACCAGUGGUUCUGCUUUAACAUGCAUUACAAUGAUCGCGGAGGGUGUCGUUUAAAUGGGGUUGGUGGAGACGAGGGCCAGGCCGCAGAAAGCCAGGGGUCUGUAGGGACUAACUACGGGAUGAUCACGCUGGAGGACCUGGAGGCCUUCUCCGAGGACCAGCUCUCAGACUCCGGCAACGGCAGUUUGGAAGAGGGAGAGACGAUUGAAGAGGAACAGCAAGACCGACUCCUCCACUAUUGGCAAGACGUCGGGAGAGGACAUCGAGUGGAAGUGCCGAGAGACAUGGCAGAACCUAUUCAGCAGAUAACAACCAAUAAUAAUGGCACACAUCCCAGAGAGGCAGUUCCCUACAUAUUAAUGUCCCGAAAGGAGAAGUCUGGAGAUGUGCUUUAUGAGAAGAGACAAUAUGAGAAAGGACACUGGGCUUGCAUCACUGUCAAGGAGGAUACAUAUGAACAGAGCAUCUGUUAUGGCUUCAUGAAAAUAAUGAGAUAUAUCUGCCAGCAGAAUUCAUUAGGCAGGUAUCUGGGCAUGACUAUACCUAUUGUGACUGUGGUUAAUACAGACGAGAUGCACACAACUCUGUCAAGAACAGUCACAGUAGCAUACUACUUGCCCAUAAACCACCAAGAUCAGCCACCACAACCCUAUGACACAGAGAUAGUCAUUGAGCAGUGGCCAGCCACCAUAGUCUACACUAGGCCCUUCACUGGUGCCACAAAUGAAGUUACUAUCAUCAGUGAGAUUAACACGAUGGCAGAGAUGUUGGAUUCUCCAGUAGUCUGCGUCAGUGACUCAUUCAUUGUGGCUGGCUAUACCAACCCUGCAGCUGCCAACCGUCAGAAUGAGAUCUGGUUCCUUGAAAGGCCCUGAAGUUUCCCUUACCAUUUCUAUCCCUGCACCUUGUUCUUCAUCCCUUUCUCUUCCCAUCCCAUUUUCACAACAAAGUUCAACAGUCACUUCAUUUCUCUCAGACAACUAAAUGAAGGACAGAAAGAGAGAACGAAGAGAAAGAGUUAAAAGUACUUGAAGGGUCUUUCUAAUUCUCAAGGGUCAAUGAACACAAUUUUGUCAAACGAUGUGUUAGUUGUGGCUUUGUGCACCCAAACAAACUAAUAGUAUCUUUCCUCACACAAAAAAAAGAAGUUCCUUACUUUUCCAAUGAUUUUCUGAGGUGCACAAAAAUUGUGUUAGUUUCCCAGGACUGGAACUCAAACCAAGCAAGCACUCGUCUUUGGAAAUAACACCCAUUCAUGCUAAAGGGCAUACCUAUGUAGUUUAUGAGCAUUGCUGCUUUUACAUAUAUAAAGCUAGAAAAAAAAAGAAAAAAUAUAUACCAUUACAAGAGAUGCUACAAGAACAGCUAGAUCGUACAGGGUGCGCAUCUCUCGCUCUCUCUCACUGAUACAUUCAGUCUGUGAGAAAAAUAGAAAUGAAAACAUAAUAGAAAAACAAACUGAAAGCCUUCUGCUGUAUGACAAUCAUGCUAUGUGUAUUCUGUACGAUCUCCAUUGUGAAGGUCAGCAUUCCUUAUUGUUAAAGCCAUGAUCACACAAGAGUCUUAUAUGCCUCCCAAUUCUCCAGUUCUUUCUCUUACAUUGCAUUAUGCCAGCAUUACUGAGUGUAUACAUACAAGCCACGGAACACUACUGCUGCCAUUGUGAAAGUGGGGAAAAAAAUAAAUGUUAAAUGUAUACUCUACAGAAAAGACAAACACAUACACUGUUUUUAAUAAUAAAAAAACAUAACUGUUUGUAGAAUGAUAAACUGAACUGUAAAUGAUUCUAGAAGUGAGAAAUGUAUAAAUAACACCAAGAGUUAUAACCAGAGGUGCAUAGUGAUGCAUUACCAUUUAUUGUGCAACAUUUGCUUGCUUGAGUACUCAUACAAAUCAUUGAGUGUACUUCAUAUUGUUACUUGAGUACAUCUGCAUGUUAAUGUUACUUUCAACUUAUUACAUUAGACUGCACUGUUCCCACAAUUUUUUGCCAAUUAGUCCUGCCUAAUUUCACCCACUUGCUAGGUCUCCACCAAUUAAAUGAGCACAGUCUUCCUAUUAAAUCAUGUGAAGCAC